AUGAAAUCUGACAAAAUUCGAUAAUGUAAUAAUUUACAUUUCAAAACCAUUAAUAUACGGUGAAGUAACACAGAACAACAAAUUGACAAUCUGGAAGUUGUUACAAGGAACUACAGAACUAAUGGCGUUCACUCACGCAACCGCUGCUAAUCAUGCAUCAGUCAUGGAAGACUGUAUUGAUCAACUUUCUAUUCUUGGAAGAAUUCUACCUGUUUCUUAUCAGGGCCAAAGUGACGCAAAGGAAAUUGUUAGUAAAGAUGUGAAAAAUGUUCUCAACAGUCAACGUGAAAUUGAAUCAAAGUUUGACACAAUUUUAUCGUCACGAAAUGAUGGCGGUGGAAACUCAUUUGUUGGAUCAAAUCAAAUAAAAAACUUAACAGGUUCACUGACAUCCAGCAAUCGAUUUGUGAGUCAGUCACUAAAACAGAGCCCACUGACGAGUGACAAUCUUGUGAAAAUACAAAAGGACAGGCAAUUUUGUGAAGAUGUUUUGACAUUGACACAUCAAAGUUUACUGCAAUCUUUUGAUUACCAACCACUUCUGGAUGCUGUAAUUGCUGAAAAAGAGAGAAAAGCUGCUCUUCAACAAAAAAUUAUAAAAGAGGAACAAGGCAGAAGAAAAAUCAAACAAUUACAGCGUCAGCUUGGGGAUAUCAAGAAAGAAAAGGAAUUAGAAAUUCAGCAACGAAAUGAAAUGAUUGCUCAUUUAAAAGAUCAACUACAAGAAAUGAAAGCAAAAAGUAAUAUGGAAGGAAAGUAUGUAAAGAAGAAUGCUGAGAACCAUGUUCACCAAAAUCAGCAAAAAUGCAUUCUUACUGAACAGCAACUAAAAGAAAAGCUUGAGUUACUCAAGGCACAGACAGAUGAAGAAAUCAGAACUCAUGUUGAAAUUGAAACUUUUUUGAAAACACAUCAGAAGAUAUUAGAAGAUAAAGUUGAAUUUUGGAUGGAAAAAUAUGACAAAGAUGUUGAAGCAAAGCAGAAUGAACUCAAUUUACUGAAACAAAAUAAAGCAAAUGAUUUGGCAAGAUUACAGGAUCUGACUCGAACUUAUGCAGAAUAUGAAAAAGUUGUCGUCGAGGACAGAAUUGAAAAGGAAAAAGAAAGAAGAAAAAGAGAACAAGAGGAAAUGGAGCUAAAAGCGGCAGUAAAGGUACAGUCAUGGUGGAGAGCUAUGAUGGUCAGAAAACAACUUGGACCUUUCAGUAAAAAGAAAAAGAAAGGUGGGAAAAAGGGCGGCAAGAAAGGGGGUAAAAAAGGGAAGAAGAAAAAGUAGUGGGCGGAAGACCAGUGGAUGGAUUAUUUGGACUGAACUUUUGUAUUUACUUUAUAAAAUGAUAUAUCUAAUGUGUCAAAUAGAAAAAUAAAAAAGUACAUAUCUA